AAUUGCUUUGAAUAUAUGUGUUACAAUUAUCCCUAUUUCUUUUUCCAUCAGGCUCAUCCAGAAGAAUUGGGAUCAUUGGUAGAAAUUCUAAAAAGUGGGAUGGUAACAAGUUCUUCGGGAUCUCAAUACCGACUUCAAGAUGAUGCUAAAUGUGAUGCUUUUGGAGCCUUAUGGCGCAUUCUAGGAUCUAAUAGUUCAGCUCAGAGGGUCUUUGGUGAAGCAACUGGAUUUUCUCUUCUGCUAACGACCCUCCAUUGUUUUCAGAACGAUGGAGAACAGAAAAAUCAAUCUUCUAUAAUUGUACGCAUUAAGGUGUUUACGUAUUUGUUGCGUGUAAUGACGGCAGGGGUUUGUGCCAGUGUUGCUAACAGGACAAAGUUGCAUACUAUCAUAUCUUCCCAAACCUUUUAUGAUCUUCUCACAGAUUCUGGUUUGAUUUGUGUUGAAUGUGAGCGACAAGUCAUACAAUUGCUGCUGGAACUUGCUUUAGAAAUGGUAAUUCCCCCAUUCCUCACAUCAGACCUGGCUACAAUAUCUGAUGAUGCUGAAAAUGAAUCAGCUAAUUUUCUUCUUAUCACACCUGCGGGUUCUCUCAUUCCUGAUAAAGAACGGAUUUACAAUUCUGCUGCUGUGAGAGUGCUCAUACGUGGUUUACUGCUAUUUACUCCAAAGGUGCAAUUAGAAUUGCUUAACCUUAUUGAAAAGCUGGCUCGUGCUAGCUCCUUCAAUCAGGAAAACCUUACUUCUGUAGGUUGUGUGGAACUUUUACUGGAGACAAUACGCCCCUUCAUGUCGAGCUCUUCGCCACUAGUAUCUCAUAUUUUGAAGAUUGUGGAAAUUCUUGGGGCAUAUAG